AUGUCUUAUUUCUUCCCACGCCGGCAACCUCCUCAGACUCUCGAGCUAAACGGCCAUGAGAUUCUUGCAACCGAGGUUGAGCUACUAGAUCCACGUCGAACAGUAUAUCGUUUCAAACUUAAACCGGGCUCAUAUCGGUAUCCAAUUCCAGAAGGAGCCAUCUCUAUCAUCGUUAAACAACAAAAAGAGGACUGGGAGGAAGAGUUUAAGGAUGAAGAGAUAGCCUACAAAAAAUUAGAGGCGCUUCAAGGAACGGUGAUCCCAUACUUCUAUGGCCAUGGUUACUUCGAUGGGCUACCUGCGCUUAUAUUAUCCGAUAUCAAUGGGAUUCCUCUGAGCGAUUUGGCUCGCAGCAAUGACGAGGUUCCGGAGGAUGUGUUGAAAGCUUAUCUGGAGAAAGUUUUCAAACAGUUUUCCAAGUAUGGAGCGUUAUAUCGAGACCAGAAACUGGAUAACUUUUUAUUGUGUGUUGACAAAGUCAUGGCUGUUGAUCUCGAGCGGGUUGAGUUUCCAGAUCAGUUUCGUCCAUGGCACCCUCUUGUCAACAAGGGGGGACCGAGAUCUUUGAUGGAAGAUUUCGAAUACACGCGAAAUCCCAGGCGUAAAUCAUCUCCGCUUGACUUUUGGAUCUCUGGAAAUGAUACGAGUGCAUCACAGCUGGCUAGUUGA